AUGGAGAACCUGGCACGACGGUCGGGAAGAACUAGAGAAAACAGCCAACACCAAAACCUGAAGCAGCAGUACAAGCGACUACAACGUGAAUGGCGGGAUAGGGCUGCGACUGAAUCCUUUUGGGCGCAAAUCGAGGACAAUGAGUUGAAGGAGACUCAAAAGAGGAACGAGCGAAAGCACCGGAUCAGUCUUGAGGGGAACGCCAUUGAUCAAUUGGAUAGUGCAUUCGGCUAUUUUAGCAAGAAGACGAAGAAGGCUUACGCGCCCGUUGCAGAAGAAGAGCAUAGAUACACCGAUCUGACGGCGGCAGAAGUUGAAGAAGAAGAGAUGGACAGAGAUCGGGAAGAGGACACAGGACAACAGGACGAAACGCAGUCUUCAGAGACCGAUGAGAGUUACCAGCCAUCGCGCUCGCCUACCAUAACACCAACCAAGCAAAGGGUCCCCUGGGGUGUUAUCUACAAUACAGGGGAGGGUGUUCUUGAUUACCCAUCGUCCUGGCGAACCCCAUGGGUGCUUGAUGAUGUUAACGUAGCUGAACUCCUAUGGGAUUUUCGACAGUCAGUUGUUGCAGUACUACCAAACUUGGAUGCCCCCAUCGAGUCUUUGUAA